AUGGUACAACAACUUGAAGAAUCACUUUCAAGGAUUUUGACUCAUGUUUAUCCUAUUUCUGGUAGAUUUGAUGAAAACAAAUGUUCAAUUAUUUGUCAAGAUCAAGGUGUUACAUUAAUAAAAGCCAAGGUCAAUCGUCGUAUGGACGAUGAAUUCCUCCAACAAGCAUACAACAACUUGGAUUUCGUCAUGGAAUUUUGGCCACAUGACAUUAAGGUCGUGAACGCUACUAAUUUGUUCGUGACACCAAUUAUGUUUGUGCAAAUUACGAUUUUUCAAUGUGGGGGAAUUGCGUUAUCGACAAGCACUUCCCACCCUGCAAUGGAUGGAUGGACGAAUUUUACCUUCAUAUACGAGUGGUCCAAAGUGUGCAAGUUGGGAAUCCCAACUGAAAAAAUCAAUUUCAUGAGCUUUGAUUUGGCUAACAUUUUUGGACCUAGAAACAUAACAUUUUCAGAUCAAGCAAAACCUUUGAACACAAAAUUAGUGGCCAAAAACCAAAUUAUGGAUGAAGUCUCUCUAUCAAAACUCAGAGACAAAUUAACAAACUCUGAAGCAUUAUGCUUUAAGCCUUCCAGAGUUGAAAUGGUCACCGCGAUUUUAUGGAGGUCUCAACUCCGUGCUUCACAGGCAAUAACAGGGGAAAUAAAGCCUUCAGUAAUGUCAUUUCCCUUGAAUUUACGCGGUAAACUUAAAUACCCCGAAUCAACUAAUCCUUUUGGAAAUUUUAUUAUUGACAUUCCUAUAACAUAUGAUCCUAAAGGGAAUACCAAUAUGGAAUUAAAAGAUUUCAUAAUAUUAAUAAGAGAAACAAUGCAGAAAACUCUUGAUUAUUGUGGUGAAACUUCAUCAGCAAAUGAAGUAAUUGAAAUGGUGGCUAAUUUAUAUAACAAAAAUUAUGAAGGAAAAGAAUGGGGAGCUAAUGAUGAUAUUGAGGAAUUUACUUGCUCAAGUUUGACUAGGUUUCAUAUGCAAGAAGCAAAUUUUGGAUGGGGAAAUCCAAAAUUAAUGCAUUUUGGAUCAAGAAACAAUCAAGUUUUUUGGUUGUAUUCAACACAAUGUGGUAAUAGUAUUGGUGUCCAAAUGGAUCUGAAGGAAAAGUACAUGGACUUCAUUCAACAUGACCUAGAAUUCCUAGCUUUUAUCAAAGUUUAA